UCCGUUACAGGGCGUGAACAACAAAGAGGCAUUUCCUCUUACAGCGUGCGCGCGCUCUAGUCGUGCUCUCACCAACAGUUUAAUCUCCACAAUUUGUGAUGGUAAACAUGGAGACGUUUAAUAGGUUUUUGUCAGAACAUCCGGAGUUAAUGUAUGGCGGAGUUGGAGCUACGGCUUUUAUCGUAGGAGGUGCUUUAAUAUACAAAAUUGCCACAAGGAAGACGCCCACCUAUGCAAAUGUAAACUGCUGGUUCUGCAACCAAAACACAGUGGUGCCUUAUGGAAACAGGAACUGCUGGGAUUGUCCCAACUGUGACCAGUAUAAUGGCUUUCAGGAGAAUGGGGACUACAACAAGCCUAUUCCGGCUCAGUACACGGAACAUCUGAAUCAUGGUGUGUCUGGAACCCAACCUUUAUCUGAGACACCCAGAAGUCUGCAUUGGGUCAAUUGUCAGAUGCUGCUAUGCAGGAAGUGUAAUAAUAACCAGUCUGCAAAGAUAAAGCAAUUGGCCUCAUAUACACCAAGGGAUGAUAAAUACUAUGAUGAGGAAAUUGAGGUCUUCAAGCACCACCUCGAGCAGACGUAUAAGUUAUGCAGACCAUGUAAGACAGCAGUGGAAUAUUACAUUAAAUAUCAAAACCGUCAGCUUCGCACAGCUCUCCUGAACCACCAGCUUCGACGCACGCGCGAAUCGGAGACAGGCUUUAUUAAGAGCGCUCCUUUUCUCUCAUCGCCCUCCGGUGUCAUACUCCUGCGGAUCUUUGCCUUCCUGAUUUGUGCGUUCCUGCUCACUACAAAACUCUGGGACCUGCCAGAAACCCCUGUCUCCACCAGUGAGAGUCCGACCUUAAGCGGCGGCGUCGUUCCUCCAAAACCCAAACCUCACAACGAAUCUACGACCAAUGGCAGUGCCGGUGGAGAGAUGCACGUGUGGCAAAGCCUUCUCGAGCUCCUUCCAGGCGAGGCCGUUGAAAACGCCAAACUAGUGUGGCGAUAUGGAGCGGAAAACCAACUAGGAAUCGUCUCCCUCGGCCUACUGACGUGUCUCACGGCUAUCUUCCUUGCGGGACCUGCGAGGGUGAGGAGAAUCGAUGCUCUGGCCUCUGUCAUGUGGUUUGCUGUCCUGUGCCUGUACCUGCUGGAGCACUACGUUUCAAACCCCCUGAGCUGGAUGGACAGAGCAAAGCUCGUCACCACGUCACUCUGCUGCCUCAUCAGCUUUGCUGCCGCCGCUGGGACUCGCAGACCGCUGGGUCCACGACGAGGCAGAUACCGAAGAUUCCUUGCAGGCCGCGCUGCAGCUCAGCCGUUUAGCAGCCAGCCCGUUUUUUACACUCCUGACCCGACAGACUCCUUCAUCCCAACCCCCCCUCCUAACCUCUUCAAGCUCACCAACCACCAUCAGGGCCCCCGUGGCCGCAAAGCCUCGCCUUCCUCCCUGCCCGGGCGCCUCAACAGAGCCCUUUGUCUGGGAACUAUCCCCUCCCUCAGCAGGACAGAUUCUGGGUAUCUUUUUAGCGGCAGCAGACCAGCCUCACUACAUAAAGACUCGCUGUCUUCAGAUUAUUUCUCACUGAAAUCCGGGAGUCAGCCGUCUUCACCCGGCCCGUCUCCAACUCCCUCCGUCGCCGGGUCCGUUACGUCCAGUUCAGGCUCUGCCCGGCAGCGCCGCCCCCUCAUCAGCCCGGCUCGCCUCAACAUCAACGGACAGAGGCUCCGCCUUUUCUCCGCAGAGCCACAGCUCCCGACUCCACCUAUGUCCCCGUUUCAUCUGCAUGUGGAGCCAGCGUCCUCCGUCUACAGCGGCUGCUUUUCCCACGAUGCUUUUCCUCUUCAGAGUCAAAACGAUUUUAAUUCCUUCAUAAGAGACGGCAGCGUGAUUGAAGAAGAGAAAAGAAGCUGUUCCUCACAAUCCUCUGCAUGUCAAGUUGGAACCACAACACUAAGCCCUGAGGACGUCCCUCCAGCCAAAGGUUUUCUAAGGCGAUUCAUCUGGCCUGGAGUUUUAUUUGCAAGUUUGUCCUCCAACCUCUUGUUCGCUGGUUUCUAUAUGUAUCACAACUGGAGGUGAAGCACCAGGAGGUGCAGAGCCUCUGGACUAUUACUAUGUGGACAUCAAUCCUUCUGUGGCGUCAGAAAACAUCCUCCUCCAGGUCACUGUCAAUGGUGCUCAAUAAAAUAAAAAGUUUUCAGUGAUGAGCCUGUCCAUGGUGAUGAAGGGGUUCAAACGGUGUAAGCUGUGUUUGAGAUUGUCAGUUUCCGUCUUAAAUGUGUGGUUUCUUGAUCGUUUUGUUAUCUUGACACAUGAAUGCAUGUUUGUAAAGAUCCGUGGCUGCUCUGAGUUAUGGUAUUUAAAAAACCCACAAUGUGAAAUGUGCAAUAAGAUGCUGCUUCAGGUGGAUGUUUUUUUUUUUUCUUUUUUUUUCCAUGUUCAUUUGCAGAAAAAAAACUUAAAAAAGAGAAAUUUCUGGCUCUUUUUGGGUUAGCAUUCCUAGUUUGAUGUCAAUCGUGUUCACAUUUUUGAUCCUUCACUACUGUCUUUCUGGAAACAUCUGUCUAAUUUCUUGUCAAAUAUGUGCUGGUUUGUAUUCUGUGGAAAAAAAUAUGCAAAAUAUUAAUGAUAGCAGAAUCUGAAGAACCCACAGAGUUUUAACGGCUUGCGGACUUAUGUUGUUUACAAACCUUCAGUUAUUGUCAAAGUUUGGAGUACCCAUUAAUAGUGUUUGCACUGUUUCUCUGGAGUUUUAAAUGUAUAAAAUGUUUAAUAGUGGGAGCACACAAAGAUUAUUUUGUUUGCAGAACUUAAAAAAAUGUACAUGGGUUUGCUUUAGGUUGUUUUAUUUGUCAGAUAUAAGUGAAAAUUCUUUCAGACGAUUGUUUUCCUUUUAUUUAUGCUUUUUCUUGGGAUACCUGCUGGGUGUGAGUUUUAAUUUAUUUUUCUGCAGUGCAUAACUAGUUUUGUACAUUUUGACAUUUAUUGAAAUGAAAAUAUAAGGUGGUCCUCAAAUAAAGUGUGCAUAUAUUUGAGUAAAGAACUCCCACGGGAUGUUUUGUGGAACCUGUUAAAUGUUUUUCCUUCCUUAGGAAAAUCUAAUAUUUGCUCAAAUAUCGGCUUAAUAAAAUUGUUCUGAAGGAGAGAACCUACAUUUUUAUUCAUAUAUAAGGAUUUUUUUUUGUUAGAAUUUUCACUGAUUUGUGUAUUUUUUUUUAAAUAAACUUCCUAUGUAAAAUA